UUUCUUGUCAUCCAUUACCUAUUCUUUCCUUUUCAAGUUUAGAUUAUGGAAUUAAGGACAAGUACAACUUUCCAUAUAGCUGGCUAUAGCUAUGCAUUCUUUUGGUGGGGCCUGUUUACUCUUUAUUGUCUUGGUCACCAAUUCAACCGAUGGCGAAUUUACUUACAUCGAAGACAACAAUUGAAACUGCAACAAAAAUCUGGUAGUCAGUCUGCAUCUAAAGCUACUUUUGAUCCUAUAUUACCUUGGGAACGAUGGUUACGACCUUUGGACCGUGUAGUGGCCAUCCCUUACGUGACAGAAAUGAUCGCGAUCAAACAUAUUAUUGGUGUGUUUCUCUUUAUCUGCAUUAACCUGAUCUGGAUCUUUUUUGCUCCUUUCAAAUGGAACGAUGCCUUUACAACAUACAAAUUGGAAUCUAUCGGAUUAUUUGAUCGUCGUGCGGCUUUUAUUGGUAUGGUGAAUUGGUGUUUUGUUUUUAUGUUGGCUUCUAGGAAUUCUCUUCUUUCUUCCAUGUCUGGCUUUACUUUUGAACAAAUGAUUCCUUAUCAUCGUUGGUUGGCUCGUAUUGGUUUAUUAGAAUUCAUUCCUCAUUUUGUCUGGCGCAUGAUGCAUGGUUAUGAAAAGACUUAUAUCGUAGCUGAUACUCUAUUUUAUGAUUUGGAACAAACAUCUGGUACCAUUUGUAUGCUUGGUUUCCUCCUGUUAUUUGUCACUUCUUUUGGUUAUAUUCGCCGUCACUUUUUUGAAUUCUUUUAUUAUGCUCAUAUCAUCGGAAUCAUUGUAGCCAUCAUUUUUGCCUGUAUUCAUGAAGUCAUGUGUUUUGUUUACUUUAUGCCUGUGGUGAUUUUAUGGGUAGCUGAUCGAGCCUGGCGAUCUUAUCAAUCUUGGUAUAUUCCGGUGACUCCUAUUCAAAUCAACCCUGCAGUAUCCAAGACUGAAAAACAAGAAGGUAUUGUUCGUGUUUUAUUUGAUCACUCCCGUCUGGCAUCUCAUUAUCAUCCUGGUCAAUAUGUAUUUGUUGCUAUGGCAAAGAAGGGUAAAGCAUGGUGCAAAUGGCAAUUUGCGAACUGGCAUCCUAUGACAAUCUCUGAAGUCUUCCGUGGUUCUCGUGGUGUAUCCUCUUAUAUCAAUUCAUCUAAUUCUUCUGUAAUUAAUGAAACUAUUAUUGCAGAUGAAAAGAAGAACCCUACUACCAAUAUUGAAAAUGCGAAGCAAAACAGUGACAAGACAGUAGAUAUCAGCGAUACAGCAUCUAUCGAUACUGCUCAAUUGCGACGACGUGGCGCUACUGCUCCUGCUGCAUCAUCCUCAUCGAAUAUGGUGGCUUCUUUACAUAUCAAAGCCCUUGGUGGAUUUACUCGUGAUUUACUUGAUCAUGCAGAUCAGAAUCAAGCCUUACAUUUCAAGGUGGAUGGUCCCUAUGGUCCUCGUUUGGAAUAUCAAGAUUACAAUGUGUUGAGUUGUUUUGCUGCUGGUAUUGGUAUCACUCCUGCAUUGACUUUGAUCAAGGAUUGUGUGGAACGUCGUAGUGCUGGUAUUGCUUCUGUGAUGACUCAUCAUGUCCAAUUGGUGUGGGUAGUACGCUCAAGUGAUGAAGUCAAGGCUUUUGCGGAACAAAUCGAUUAUUGGCGUGAACGUGCAAGUGUGGCAAUCUCUCCCUUGACUUUAGAUUUAUCCGUCUAUGUAACUCGUGAACCUCUUGGUGAAGAAAAUUUGGCUGGAUUCGACAAAACAGUUUAUGGUAAACGACCCAAGAUUGAUGAAUGUAUGAACAACAUCCCUGAACAAAAAAGUGUUUUUGUACAUACCUGUGGAUCCGAUCAAUUUAUGACCACCGUGGUCAAUCAAGCUGUAGAAAGAAAAUGGGAUUAUCAUCACGAAACCUUUGAAUUUUAGAAUAUAUAUAUAUAUUUCUAUCUCUCUCUCUCUCUCAUACAUACAUGCAUACAUAUUUACAUACAAUCAUCUAUAUAUACUUGACAUUCUUUUCAUUAUACAUUUAUUUUUAUUAUACAUCC